GCUGUCCUUCCUUAAAGAAAAAUUGACACCGCUUUCCAGCAACACGCUGCCGUUUCUCUGCUGCCGCCCGCGAACCAAACCGCGUUAGGAAAAACGUUCGUUUUGAGGAGCUAUAUUUCGUGUACACAUCCGAUGGCGGGAGUCUCCAGAAGCCUCGUUGCUGCCGUGGGACAUCGCCGCUUUGACUUUGAGUCCACGUCUUCGUGUUUGAACCUUCGGCUUGUCUGACCGCAGACCCAGACACCCGACCACCCUUCCACGGAACAGAAAUCAGUCCCCAAAAAGUCCCCGGCUGCCGUUCGUCUGCCCAUUGCCUCGCUCAGAGCUGUCCGCGCAGCAACAGAGAAGAUGUUGAGAAGUGCCUCAGCACAGAUCUUCAGACAGGCGGUGAGAUACAGGAGCACAGACGUCAGCCUCAUCCUGGAGAGAUCGAUCAACCGCGUGCAGCUGUUAGGUCGGGUUGGUCAGGAUCCGGUGAUGAGACAAGUGGAGGGCCGUAACCCUGUUACCAUCUUCUCGUUGGCAACAAACGAGAUGUGGCGCUCUGGAGACGGCGAGAUCAGCUCAACAGGUGACAUCAGUCAGAAGACGACGUGGCAUCGUGUGUCGGUGUUCAAACCCGGUCUGAGAGACGUGGCCUACCAGUACGUCAAGAAAGGGUCUAGGAUUCUAGUGGAGGGGAAACUGGACUACGGGGAGUACGUGGACAAGAACCAGGUUAGACGUCAGGCCACCACCAUCAUCGCAGACAACAUCAUCUUCCUGAGCGACAACGUGCGAGACAGAACCUGAGGGACUUUGCUCAACAACAAGACGACUUCUUUUUUGUGUCUCCCUGGUUAUACAAAAAA